AUGGCGGACACAGCUCACGCCAGCGCAGGGGCGUUCUCUCGCACCAGCUCCUCGGACGAAGAGACGGCUGCCCACACACCGGCAAGGAACGAGAAAGUCGAUAAGGAUGCCACCUCGUCCACACAAGAGGAGAGCGAGCCCGCUGACAUUGAAGCGAUUCGCGAGAAGAAUGAUCUGCAAAAGACCAACGAAGAGAAGCAACGCGAAGGCGAACACGAUCUCGAGCCACGAGAGGAGGACGGCAAGAUCGUCCUCACCGAGCGAGCAGGCUACCUCGCAACCGGCUAUUCGUACCCGACCUGGAAGAAGUGGGCCAUUCUCAGCGUCAUCUUUGCGGUCCAAGUAUCGAUGAACUUCAACACCUCUGUCUACCCCAACGCCGUCAUGGGUGUAGCCGAGAAGUACCACGUCAGUGAGCAGGCCGCACGAGUGGGUCAAAUGAUCUUCCUCGUUGCCUACGCUUUCGGAUGCGAGUUCUGGGCACCUUGGUCCGAGGAGAUUGGUCGAUGGCCAGUACUUCAGGUUUCGCUCCUCCUCGUCAACAUCUGGCAAGUGCUCGCAGCGCUGGCUCCCAACUACGGCUCCUUGAUCGUCGCUCGUUUCCUCGGUGGUCUUUUCACCGCCGGUGGUUCCGUGACUCUGGGAAUGGUUGCCGACUUGUUCGAACCGGAUGAGCAACAGUUUGCCGUCGGUUUCGUCGUGCUCUCCUCUGUAGGUGGUACUUCGGUUGGUCCUUUCAUUGGCGGUUUCAUUCAAGCCUACCUCCCGCUCAAGUGGAACUUCUGGGUGCAGCUCAUCUUCGGAGGCGCUGUCCAGCUCGUUCACUUCUUCGUCGUCCCCGAAACCAGAUCCACGAUCCUUCUCGACCGCGAAGCGAAGCGUCGCCGCAAGAACGGUGAGCACAACAUCUAUGGCCCUAACGAGGUCCGAACCGAUCGAUUUAGCAUCAAAGAGAUCGGCGCCUACUGGCUGCGUCCCUUCGAGAUGUUCCUGCGAGAGCCCAUCGUACUGUUCCUCUCCCUUCUCUCCGGUUUCUCGGACAUGCUUAUUUUCAUCUUCUUGGAGUCUUUCCAGCUGGUGUACAAGCAGUGGGGCUUCAGUACCGUGCAAAUCGGCCUAGCAUUCAUCCCUAUCAACCUAGGAUACCUCUUGGCCUUUCUCAUCUUCAUUCCACGUUUCAUUUGGGAACGAAAAAGGCGAAUUAAGGACCCUGACGCGCUUAAGCCCGAAGCGCGUUUGUACCUGCUUCUUUGGCUUGCGCCUCUCGAAGCUCUCGGUCUCUUCGGUUUCGCCUGGACCUCUCUCGGCCCUCCUCGAGUCCAUUGGAUCGCUCCAAUGAUCUUCUCGUGCAUGAUCGCCGUUGCGAAUUACGCUAUAUACAUGACAACGAUCGACUAUAUGAUUGCAGCCUAUGGCCCGUAUUCUGCUUCGGCGACGGGAGGAAACGCUCUGGCAAGAGAUUUUCUGGCCGGUAUCUCUGCGAUGUACGCUACGCCGCUGUAUAACCGACUUGGUCUCGAGUGGGCUUCGACUUUGCUCGCGUUCUUGGCGAUUCUUGUCGCCAUCCCGGCUUACAUCUUCUACUGGAAGGGUCCUCAAAUUCGCGAGAGGAGCAAGUUUGCACAGUCCCUCAGCGACGACAGGAAGAAGAACGGUGGUCGACGUACCGACCAGGACGAGAAGGCCGAGAAAGGUACCGUGUACCGCCGUCAAAAGAAUCAGGAGCAGCCUCAGGAGCAGCAGUCAUAA